CAUUACAACAUUUUCUAUGGGGUUUCAUAGAAAUAGCAAUAAUCUCAGAAAAUAAAAUAAAUAGACCGAAAGUCAAUGAAGUUUUUCAUAAUUGGGCAAUGAUCUUAAUGUGUAAUAUAAACACCAACAGAGAAUAGAUUUGCGCUUCAGAUGUCCCAGUUUUCCAAAUUCCUUUUUCUCUAUUGCCUAUUUGGUUGACUUAAUUUCCCAUGGCUACCAAAGGCUUGUCCGAAGCAUCUUCUUCCAGAUCAAAAUCGAAAUAUGAAGUGUUCCUAAGUUUCAGAGGUGAAGACACUCGGAAGAAUUUUACCGAUCAUCUCUACGCAGCUUUGCUAAGGGCUGGAGUGAAUACCUUCAGAGACGAUGAUGAACUUGCAAGGGGAAAAGACAUCUCCUCCGAGCUGCUCAAGGCGAUACAAGAAUCAAAAGCUUCUUUGUUGGUGUUUUCAAAGGGCUAUGCUUCUUCCAGGUGGUGCCUUAAUGAACUUGUUAAUAUUAUGAACUGCAAAAACACAGUAGGCCAGAUUGUUGUUCCAAUCUUCUACCAUGUUGAUCCAUCUGAUGUUCGAAAUCAGACCGGAAGUUUUGCAAAAGCAUUUGCUAAACACGAAGAACAUUUUGAAGCAGAUACGGAGAUGAUUAAGAGGUGGAGAACAGCUCUUACAGAAGCUGCAGAUUUAUCUGGUUGGGACCUGCAAAACGUCGCAGACGGACAUGAAUCAAAGUUUAUCCAAAAGAUUGUGGAAGAUGUCCUCAGGAAAGUAAACCGCAUUUACUUGCAUGUUGCCACUCACUCAGUUGCUAUAAAAUCCCGGGUCAGAAGGGUGAUGGAAUUUUUAAGCAUCGGAUCGAAAAAAGUUCGCAUAAUGGGAAUCUAUGGAAUGGGUGGUGUAGGUAAGACCACCAUUGCCAAAGCUGUCUACAACUCUGUCUGUGAUGGAUUUCAAUUUGAUGGAAGCAGUUUCCUUUCAGAUAUUAAAGAUAACUCUAAGCAACCUAAUGGUCUUGCUAGUAUACAACGGCAACUCCUUUCUGAUAUCCUGAAUUUGAAAAGUGUUAUUAUAGAUCAUGUUGACAGAGGAAUCAAUUUGAUCCAGGAGAGGCUUCGUUACCAAAGAGUUUUUAUUGUUCUUGAUGAUGUGGAUGAUUCAACACAACUGAAUUCAUUGGUUGGAGAUCGGAAGUGGUUCGGUCUAGGAAGUAGGAUUAUUGUUACAACAAGAGAUGAACGUUUGCUUACUGAAUUAGAGGUGGAUCAAAGAUAUAAGGUAGAAAAAUUGAAUCCUGAGGAAUCAAUCCAGCUUUUCUGUUGGCAUGCGUUUAGGAGGCCUAAUCCCAAAGAUGGUUACUUCCAACUUUCCAAGAGUGUGGUGGAUCAUGUCCAAGGACUUCCCCUAGCUCUUGAAGUUUUGGGGUCUUAUUUGUUUAAAAGAAGCCAGCUUGAAUGGGAAAAUGUGGUGGAAAAAUUACGACAAAUACCUCAUGACCGAAUUCAAAAGAAGCUUAGGAUCAGUUUUGAUGCACUAGAUGAUCAAAUGAAGGCUAUAUUCCUUGAUAUUGCAUGCUUCUUUAUUGGGAUGGACAAAGAAUAUGUCAUGAAAAUACUAGAUGGCUGUGGCUUCUUUCCGGUAAUCGGUGUUAGUGUUCUCUUGGAGAGGUCCCUCAUAACAAUUGACCAACAUAAUCAUAAGCUAAAAAUGCAUGACCUACUUCGAGACAUGGGAAGAGAGAUUGUUCGUGAAAUAUCACCAAAUCAUACCGGAAAACGCAGCAGGGUGUGGCUUCAUCAGGACGUAGUAAACUUACUACAAACAAACAUGGGAACUAAAGCAGUGGAAGGUCUUAGCCUAGAUGUAUCAGCCAGAUCAGAAGAUGUCAUCGUGAGCACGGAAGCAUUUGCAAAGAUGACCAAUUUAAGAUUGCUGAAAAUCAAUUCUGUACGUUGCGCUAGUGGGUGCUAUGAAAACUUUUCCAAAGAAUUAAGAUGGCUCUGUUGGCAUACAUGUCCUCUACAAGUUUUACCGCCCAAUCUUCAUCUGGACAAUCUAGCUGUCCUUGACUUGCGGUUUAGUAAUGUCAAAAAAGUUUGGAAGGAGACAAAAUUUCUCCACAAGCUGAAAAUACUAGAUCUCAGCUAUUCACUCCACCUUGCGGAGACACCCAACUUUGCUAGACUACUAAGUCUGGAAAGACUUCAACUUGAAGGUUGCACAAGUUUAAUUAAGGUUCAUCAAUCCAUUGGGACUCUGGAAAGACUUGUGUUCUUGAACUUGGCAGAGUGCAACAAGAUAAGGGAACUUCCAGACAGCAUUUGCAACUUAAGAUCUCUUGAGACCCUAAACCUCAAUGGUUGCUCGAAACUUUGCAGUUUUCCAGAGCAUUUGGGAAAGUUGGAAGCUCUGAGAAAUCUUUUUGCAAAUGGAUCUGCUAUUACACAGUUACCUAUUUCCUUCGGACUUUUGAAGAAACUUGAAGAUCUAUCAUUAGCUGGAUGUAGAGAAGAAUUGCCAUCUAAAUCUUUCUUCUCAUUCUUUUCAUCAUGGGUUUCACCAAAAAGCGAGGGUUCUUCCACUUUACUACCGGCGACGUUUUCUCGUUUAAGCUCAUUAACAAAGCUUAAUCUUCUUAACCGAAACUUGUCUAACAAGGACAUUUCCAUUGAUUUUGGGAGUUUCCCAUUACUUGACUCUUUGGAUUUAAGUGGAAACAAGUUCUGUAGUCUGUCAGUUGGAAUCAGCAAUCAUUCUCGCUUAAGGGGACUGUAUUUGAAUGACUGCAAAAACCUUCAAUCAAUUCAAGCGCUUCCUCCAGAAUUACAUUGGUUUAAAGCAGAGCGGUGCACAUCGAUCGUUGAAUACCCAAAGCUAUCAAACGCACCCAGAAAUCUUUUGCGAUUCCUAAUAACUAAUUGUCGCCAGAUAAUGGACAUUGAGGGGUGGGAUCUUCCUUCAUUCUCACUUUCCCGGCCAUACUUCAACUGGACAUCUGGUUCAGGGGAUUUUAAGUCCAAGAACAAGUAUUUGGAAGCUUGCUUCCCUGCUCGAGAGGUGCCAGAUUGGUGCGACUACAAAGCAACGGGAUCUUCAUCAGUGUUGAUUUGUAUGCCUUUACUUGCAUCAGAUGAGAGACGAUGUAUGGUUUUGUGGGUUGUCCGCGGGAUCAAUGAAGAAUAUUACUAUAAUGGAAGCAGCACUCGUGCUCGCCUUAAUAUAUUAUUUAGAAACAAGACAAAGGGCUGUGAGACUUUUGAUCGAUCUUUCUCCUUUGACGCGGAGAUGUAUGACGAUCAUGCAUGGGUAACUUACCUGCGAUACUCCAUUUUUGAGGACAUAAACGCGGGUGAAGGAGAUGAAAUUGAAGUUUCAGUUGAGGCGCAAGGCAGAGGUCUUGUCAAGAAAUGGGGCAUCCAUCUUCCAAUUGAUCGAGCUUCCCAAAGACAUUCGAUGCAUGACGACGCUAGAAAGUGCAAGAAGAAACACAAAGUGGGACUACAUCUACUCAAAAGCUCUAUUCUACUAGGUUAGGUUAGGUACAGCUUUCUUUUUCAUGCAAUAAAAAGAAGAAAAGAAAAGAAAAUAAAGGAAGAGAUUAAGUCCGAAGCAUGUAAUGGUUCCGAGACCUUUCCCAUUUAUCUAAUUUUCUUUCAAUUGAGAGAGUCGCGUCUUUUGAUUAGUUUAAUAGCUACGGCUGCCAGUUAUGUGGACACCAGUAGAGCAGACUAUGGCCUAUGGGCGUUCAAAAAUAAAAAUUCGUU